CAGGAAGCAGGUUGCCUUUUAAAACUCAACCGGGAAACCACGGAACCAAAACAAACUUCAUUUUGCUCGUGCUGACAUUGAGAACACGAUUUUAAAAUAAGAAUAAACACAGAAAAAGUGCUGUGUUUAGCUACAAACAUGGAUACCAUGAUUUACUUGGAUCAGGAGAAUGGUAGACUGACCACUCCAGCCAUCAAAUCUCGCCAGAACAGACUGCACUCGGCUGCAGUUACAGAUCAAUGCUUGAGAACACCUCUGACAGGCAAGGCACAUGUUGGAGCUCCUCUGCAAUCUAGCCGAAAAGCUUUGGGAGUCAUAAAUAAGGUUGUUGCCACUCCAGGCCUCUCUAAUAAAGCAGAAGAGAAGAUUAAACAUGCUGAAGCCAAGCAUAAAGUGGCUCUUAAAUCUACUGGAGAGAUCUAUCCAGAGAUUGAGAAGUUCUUCCCAUACAAUCAAAGUGAGUUUGAGACAUCUCCAGUUCCAGAGGAAAUCUACCUAAGUCGUUUCUCUCUGGCUAGUCUGACAAAACAGCCAUGGCUUACCGUUUCACCAGUGAAAGAGCUUUUAGUGGAACCAUGCUUGCCACUCUCACCUUUUAAGAUGCCCAAAGCAGUGGAGUAUGUUGAUGAAAUGGAGGCCUUCCUGCAGACGAUCAAUGAGCUGACUGUUGAUUUGCCUCCUGAAUGUGACUUCUGAGUUUUUCUUCAUAGUUUUAUUGUAAUAUUUCACUUUGUACUGUUUUUAGAUGUUGUAUUAAACGUUUUGGUUGUUCGAAGGCAUCUGUGUCUAAAGAGCCAUGGCAUUUUAAAUGAUAGGGUAACUUUUAUUGACCUGUCCAUGCUCUUCAAUCAUUGAGGCUUUUUUAAAAAACAAAAUGUAUCUGUUUUUCAUAUUACAAUGUUAGUAACAGGUCUGUGAAAAUUCUUUGAACAAAAGUACAUGAUCUACCAAUUAUCCUCUUUCUGUAAACCAUUAUAUAAGAAAAUGUUCAGUGUCUUUAUAGUAGAAAAUCCAGACUUGUGUCCUGGAAUCAAAA